ACGGUAGAAAUGUGUCUUCUGAAUCAUCACAAUAAGUGACCUAGAUAAAGAAAGUCUUUGCUUAGUGUAUACAUUUUGGGCCGUAUGGGGCUUUUCGUACAGCCCAUAAACACAAGGGCUUGAAACGGAAGUCCUGAUGCAUAUUUCCCUCUAAAACGCCGUCGUUUUGGUUAUCUUCCACCUUUGAUGUUCAGCUGUUGAUUUUUGGGAUUAUUUUUGAUGUUUCUUUUCCGCUCCAGAUUUGAAAUUGAAGGCAAUAAGAAACACUCCAAUUUCGGAUUGCUCACUCUGUUUGUAAUUUAUCAACCAGUAAGAAAAAUCUCGGAGGAGCGUAGAUAUCUUUUUUGGGGGGCACUAAAGAUGGAUCCGGAUGCAGUAAAGUCGACACUCUCGAAUCUGGCCUUCGGAAACGUAUUGGCUGCAGCUGCCAGAGAUUACAAAAAGGAAGUUAUUGCAAAUGAGAAGGCGCAAUCAUCGAAUCAUGUGAAUGAGGAGGUUGAUCUUGAUGAUCUCAUGGAUGAUCCAGAGCUAGAAAAGUUGCACGCUGAUAGGAUUGCUGCACUCAAGAGAGAAGUUGAGAAGAGAGAAGCGUUCAAAAGACAAGGACAUGGUGAAUAUCGAGAGGUAACCGAGGGUGAUUUCUUGGGGGAAGUCACCACGAGUCCCAAUGUUAUUUGUCAUUUCUACCACAAGGAGUUUUACCGCUGCAAGAUUAUGGACAAGCAUCUGAAGACUCUUGCCCCUAGACAUGUGGACACUAAGUUCAUUAGAGUUGACGCAGAGAAUGCUCCUUUCUUUGUCACGAAACUAGCAAUAAAGACCUUGCCUUGCGUUUUGCUUUUCAGCAAGGGAAUUGCGAUAGAUAGGCUUGUUGGGUUCCAGGAUCUUGGCACAAAGGAUGAU